UGUGCACCCAAAGAAGAGUCGACGAAGAACGGAGCUAUGAGAGGUUAUUCCUUAGUGGCGGGCUGGAGUGCCAGCGUUCAGAGUUUGGUGGUUCAGGUUCUCGCCAUGAGGCAGCUGGGACGACUGAACCCCCGUCACCUCCUGGCUGCUGGAUACGGGCAGAGAUGGACCGAGUGGUGUCCCAGAACCAUUCAUAUCCGGCAGCUGUGGGGCUGCUCGACCUUCUCUGCGCUGGGCGGUCACAGGACGGCUCUUCGAGGCAGAGACGCCGUCAAGACUUGGUCCGUCCAUCAUCUGAGGUUUAAAAGCAAGAAGAGCAGUGCUUCUAGAGCGACGCAGGAGGACGACGAAGAGGAGGAGGAAGAGGGCGACCAAGAGGAGAGCGAUUAUGAAGACGAAGACCCGAGUGUACCUAAAGGUUAUAAAGACAUAGAGAAAUCUGUGCCAUGUUUCCGCUAUGACGUCAUCUUAAAGUCUGGACUGGACAUGGCACGCAACAAAGUCGAGGACGCCUUCUACAGCAGCAGGCUGAGACUAAACGGACAGAAACUGAUCAAGAAAAGUAAAACGGUCAGAAUCGGGGACACCUUGGACUUUGUGGUGUCGGAGGAAAACGAGACCAAAAAAGUCAAGCUGAUGAGGAUCGUCGUCAAAAAGAUUUUAGUGGAAUCUGACAGAGAAAAGCAGAAAGUCUCCUUGAGACGGUGGAAAAACCUGGAGCUCUCCAAGGAUGAAGCUUUUAGGUCAUGAUCUUGUAACUGAUGGUAAUUUUAAGCGUCAGAAGACUGGAUUUAAACCAUCUUCAGCACGAUGGAUCCACAGAGGUUUACUGUUUUUAACUCAACCGUUGCAAACAAACAGUUAAAAGGGGAGAAACGUUUUAUUU